AAGACACACAGCGGUGAACGUCCAGCAGAGAAGCACCAUGAGAGCCCAGUUGAUUUUUGUAACGAUCUGCAUUUACCUUUGUGGUGCCUCAGCCGAGGAUCUCGACUUAAUUCCCGAGAUCCGUGGCGAGGUGAAAGAGCUAAUCAAGGGCACUGAGGAGCUGAACAUUGGAUUGCAAAAAGUGAAGGACGUGCAAAAGGGCAUCGAGGAGAAGUUUAAGCAUCAGCGGGAUGAGAUCGAACUCAUUGCCGAACUGGAGGUGGCUCUGGCCAAACUGGAUACAAAGGUUCAGGGAAGCUUCGAAGCCACUGCCUCCGGAGUGGGAAACUUGUCUGCCCUGGUGAAAGCCAUCGAGAGCCAAAAUGAACAGUCCAUUCAGAACCUCACCAAAGUCGAGCUGGACAUCCGCAGUGCACUGGGAAAAGUGGCUGUCAAUCAGAACAAAUACGAACAGGAUCUGGAUGCGGUGGCUUCAUCGGUCAACUCACAUCUGGGAGAGAUUCAGCAGCUACUUUCCCAGGCCAUCAUCGCUGAUCUCAUCGACUUGGACAACAAGGCAAAGGUUCUCCAGGAACAGCAGCGCAAUAUCGUUGGUCAAGUCGGUUAUCUGGGAGAGCUGAAUGCCCUGGCCGAUCGUGCCAAUCGCAAGGUGAACCAACUGGAGUGGGGUCUAGUUGUACUAAAUCGCACACAGUCCGAGAGCCUCACUGGCAUCGAAAGCACUGUCCAUGGAGUCCAGGUGGCCACCUCCCAGAUCGAUCAUAAGCUCGGUGCUCUGCUGGACAACCAGAAGAGCAUUGAAAAGACCCUGGAGGGCUGCAAGCGUAAACAUUCCCCACAUCAAAAGCCUCACGAGGUCUGGACUCAUCCGGAACAUGCUCCCAUCUACCAAUCUAAGCCAGAGCAGAAACCGGGCUACGACAGCAGGUAUGCCUCCGCAGAAGAAGCUGACUACCUUUACGACCUUUGGUAUGGCAAGGGCCAGCAGCAGUAA